ACCGCUGCGUUCGUUCGCUACUGUGACAGUAGUUCCCGCUGAAAGCUUCACAGAAAAGCACGCGACAACCCGAAGCCUUUCGCUCACCAAAAGCUCUAUUCCCAGUCACCACACGCCCACACAUACCAUAUACUCAAUUAACUACCGAUCAUGGCUCUUGACCCAGCGCCAUACACCGGCCCACCGCUGGACGAAAUCCAAUGGCGCGCGCCGCCGGACUUCGAUAUGGGCAUCCACAGCAACAGCGUGCUCUUCUACUUCGCCCAGUCGCCAUUCUACGACAGGACGUCCAACAAUGAGGUCCUAUUUCAGCAAGGCCUAAACAAUCCUAACUUGACACCAUACCUCGCAACCCGCGAGCUCUUCGAGGGACGUCUUAAGACCAUGUCCGGGCUCGAGUUCGUCGUUGCCCAAGAACCCGCCGAGACAGGCCCCGGAGCCGGUACCGGUGUGUGGGUGAUCAACAAGCAAACCCGGCGAAAGCAGUCACCGCAGGACGAGAUCAUUGUACACGGCUCAUACUUUGUUGUCGGGGAACACAUCUACAUGGCCGCGAGUUUUGCCGACAUUCUUAGCUCUAGAAUAGCCGCGAUUUCCCCCUUGCUAGACGGAAUCCUCCCCAGCUCCUCCAGCGCGCAAUCCUGGUCCCCCGCCCUCGGCCGCGUCUACCAAUCUCCCACCGCCAGCAGCACCUCCACAACAACCAAGCAGCGCGAGGCCACCCCCCUCCCAGACACCAACAAGGCCACCGGGGCCCCGAGCACCAACCUCCCAACCUCCCGGCUCAUCGAGGAAGCCCUCGGCAUCCAGCACCAGUUCGGCGACCACUUCAUGGACGAGAACCCCAUCACGGGCAAGCCGGGCGACUUCCUGCUGGCAUCCACGGGCCGCAAGGCGGUCAACCUGUCGACGGCGGCGGCGCUCAACGCCAAGAAGGCGACGCUGAUGCCCAUGCUGCCGACGCUCAACACCAAGCUCGGCGGGGUGGGGGCGGGCGCCGAGAACCCGCUCGCGGCCAAGCCGACGGGCAAGGAGAGCAAGAGCCCCAAGACGCCCGGCGGCGGGGGCAUGCCCAAGGGCAAGAGGCGGAAGGGGAGCAAGGCUGCCGUGACGCCGCAGUGAGGUGGAGGGUGCUUGAAGGUGGGAGGGUUGGGUUGUGUCUCGUGAUGUGCGGAUAGCGGUCAAGGGGUUUGGGAUGGUCGGGAUACGGGACUUUAUGGAUACUUAGGCGUUAAGGUUAUUUU